GAUGCUUGUGACUUCUACAUUGAAUAUUCAUCUUAUUCAAUGAAAUCCACGAUGGUACUUUCAUCAUUCCCCCAAAAGUUGUCAACAAUUGAGAUCUCGGACAUAACAAAAUUCCAACAAUGAAGUUGAUGCGAGAGAUUUUUACGAAAUAAGCAAUAAUACACGCUAAGGGAAGGAUUGUUAAAUCUAUAAGGGGGAGUUGUUUGUCACAUUUUCAAAAUAUGACGAACCAUUCCUAUUUGGAAGAAGUUGUGUAACUUAAUUUCGCUUUAACUUAAAGUAUGUGGUGAAGGUGGUAAAGAAUGUUGAAUCAACUACUGAAGUAUGGUGUUAACUUUGUAUGUCUAUAUGAAUAAAUAUCCAUAUUUUAUGUGAUUAAGUACAAGCAUCUCUGAAAAAACUCGUGCCUCUUAAUAGUGUGCCUUUUCUUGUACCACAAGAACAUUUGUAGUGCUUGCUUGGGCUUCUAUAUAAGAAAAAUGAACUUGUACAAUUUAGGUCAAUGCAUGAAUAACAUUCCAUUUCUUUGACUCAUCACUAUUUUCUGUUAGUCUAAAAUUGUUUUCUAUGUUGCUUUUUGCUGCGCUAGAACAUAGUUUUGCUUGUAAAGUUCAAGAUAUUUUUCUCUUGGAAUUUGCUGACUAUUUCAUCCCACUUUUACUUAUUUUAGGCCUAAAAGACACUAAAUGGUUCUCUAGCUGCGUUUUCUGAUAUGGGAUGGCAAUACUUUUACUGCUAUUCAUAUUAAUGAAGAAAGGUCAUUUACUUGUUCAUAUCUUCAUUUGCCACGUCAGAUAAUGAACAUACGUUCAACGAAAGCUGGGAUUGCUUAUUCCUUGGAAUAUAUUGACUUUCCUGAUGAAAGUAAGUCCUCCAUUGUGCGUUAGCUUAGCUACCACACUUUAUACAUUUUACUUUGGGGAAGUUAUAUUAGUGGAAUCAUUAAAAUAGAUGGGUAAUUGUUAAUUUGGAGGGAAGUGACAUGAAUGGAAUCGGAAAUGCAGAACGUUAACAUAAGGUAAAAAGAUAACUAAGAGUUGGGAAAAGGAGAAUCGAACUUCGAUCAGUCCAUAUUAGAAGUUGGAAAUGCAUCUUUGAUUGGAGAAGCUGGCUACUGAAUGUUAUGUAGGUAGUCACUCUUUGAAUCAAUUGGAGCCUAGGUAGAAUUAUUUGACCUGUAUCCCUUUUUGUUAACUGUGUGUGCAGAGAUACGAUUGACAAAAUUAUAUCAGAAGGCUACAAAGCUUGGGGAAAAGCAUUUAAUGGUGCGUCCUUGGUUUCCUCCUGUUUAUCGUGAAAGUAAUUUGCCCGAUGUCGAUACCAUCGUAGAUGUCGCUGUUGUGGCGAAUGAGAUGUGGAAGGUAGGAGAUUUGGUGGAUUGGUGGUAUGCUGAUUGCUAUUGGACUGGAAGAUUGACAAAAGUAUUAGAAAAUGAGAAGUUUCAGGUAAUUUGUUAUUUGUUUCACUGAUCAACAAAGUUCGAUUCUUGACUAGUAAUUUACUUCCAGUGGUUGCAUAUAAGGGGUCGUUUGGUUUUGGUAAUUGUUUGAUUAAUAUAGUUACAAUGCAUGUAUUGUCCAUAAUGCAUUGUUUUUUUGAAUUUUCUGCGCAAACAAUACCUGCAUUGUUUGCUUGAAAUGACACAAAUUGUCACUCAAAAUGAGUGAUAGUUAAACCUCAGGUUUGGUGAGAUUGACAUUGUUUGACUGAGAUUGUUGAGUAUUUUUUUCUUCCAACUAUGUCCUUACCUUUUUAUGUGCGUUGCUUUCUUAUAUAAAAAACAAAGGGUAAAAGUGAUAUUUCACUCAAAAAGUAAUAUAAUUUAUUUAAAUGCUACAGUAACUAUAUCACAUAAACCAAACGAAUACAUGUAUAUUAUUAUGCAUGCAUUGAUAACAAUGCAUCAAUUUAACUAUCAUCAAAACCAAACGACCCCUAACUUCUUGGAUAAGAUUUAUUUGCUUCUGCCUUCUAAUGUGAAAAUUUUCUUGUUGACAAUCUUCAUGGUUCAGUAAUGUAGUCAAUGCUGCUACCUAAUGUUGGCAGAUAGCCACAAGCUACACCUCUAUCAUAUGCCUUGGAAUGAUCCUUUUAUGUUAAUUUGAAGUCGAGUUCUGGAGAAGUCUUUACUUGGAUGGGUGGCUUUUGUUCGUAAAAUUGUUCAUCCCUAUUGCUUCUUGGUUUAAUUUUAUGGAUACGUCCUGAAUUAAAUAUAGAUCUUUUAGUUUUCCUGGAAGUAGUACUGAGUUUGUUUGUUUGGAGUGGUAUUAAUAUUGCGAAAUCCACACUCAGUGAGUGGCUGUAGAAAAUGCUUGAUGUAUAUACUACUGAUUUAAGUAGGCUCUUCUGAGAAUGCCUAAGAAGCCUCUCUUGACAUAACAAAGCCAGACCUGUUAUGUGGAAUAGUGGAUUCGAUCUUCUAAAUCCUAAGUAUCAAAGUCAGUAGAAUCACAUUUCAAGAGACUGAGGUAGUGUUUUUUUGUUAUGAUUAUGUUGUACAUGGAACUAAUGCGAUCCAAAAGUUGAGAUGGAAAUAGUAUAGGAUGCGUUUUAGUGUUGUUCUAAGUACUAAUAACCUUUUAUCACGACUUAAAAUUGAACUUAGAAGUUAUUUAGAUAUAAAGGUGUGGAUUAACAUGUAUAUCCUUCUCCACCUUGGGUUCUGAUAUUGGGAUUAACAUGUCCUAUCAAUGAAUAAAUAAACACAUGCUCGGUAGUUUCAUCGUAAAUUUCAUUGACCUUACUACUUUGCGAUAAUGCAAGCAAUUAGAAUAAGUCACAGCGUCAAUUAUGUGGAUAAUUCUACCAGUGCUGCUGUUGGAGGUCUUAGUAAACAAAAUUCUCUUCUGUUAGGAGGGCAUUCGAUUAUACUGCUUCUUUUGUUGUUUAAACCUGUUCGUGACAAGAUACCAGUGAUAAGAAUCUCUUAAAAGUUCCUUGGGGUGUCUUAAUUGGAUUGAUGAUUGUGAUACUGAUACCUGGGGUAGGUUUUGGUAUGAACCACACCUACCAGGAGCAAAUCUAUUCUUGCUUCUCAAGUCUUGAUGUUGCAUCGCCCAUGAUUUUGUUUGUGAAUGCUUUUUCUCUGUGCCCUUUGCUAUUGCUUUUCAAUUCCUCAUUCUUAGUGUCUUUUAGUGGUUCAAAAUCUUAAUCAUUUUCCUGUUUACACAGAUCAAAUUGCUGCCACCUCCCAAGGGUGAAGGGAAUUCUUAUGAUGUUUCAGGCAAAGAUCUGCGACCUGCUUUGGAUUGGUCACCAUUCGAUGGAUGGACGAUCCCUGAGGUGGUUCCCUUGUAAUCUUCAAAUGACUUCAAUCAUUGUGUCUUUAUUUUGGAUGCAUGCACCUUGUUGACGCAUUUUUUCAGUAGAAAAGCUUAUUGCUAGAAGAUUUCUGAGCGCACUGUUCUUGUUUGUUUGUGCAAUAUAAAGUGAAAGGUGUAAAAUGACUACAUGUUCCUGCUGUUAUCCUCACUUGCUGCCAUUUCAUUUUCCAAGUUGGUUUCCUCUAGUUCAUUCAUUGGUCCUUCCUUUUGUGGCUGGAAACUGGAAACUUACUACAGUAUGAAGUUUCUUGAAUAUCGUAUAUAACAUUUUGAAAAGGCUAAGGAUAUAUAAUCCCCAACCUCCAUUUUCUAGUGCGCAGAUAUAACUGAACCUAUAUUAUCCUCUGAUGUUUUCCCAUGAAACCAAUUUCAUUCCGGCAUAUCCUUAUUUACUACAGGGAAGUGGAAACUGCCAGCAUUGCGCUCGUUUAAUUAAAUCUUUGAAUCCAGGUAAAACUUCAGAUUUCUUAUUAGCCAUUUAAACAUUUAGAGCAUAUGAUCUCCUUAGCAGUGUCAAUCUCGUUCCUUCUGUCUUUAUUACAAUAUUGUGCUGUUCUAAAUGUGGACCAGUAUUAUUAUUUAGUUACAGGCAGUAUGGUACAUGCUAUUGCUGUGUGAAAUGUUUCUUAGCAUGUGCAGAAGAGUGCUGUCUUUCAUCUGCUGAUUUGUGUCUGAACAUGUUAGCUUUCUCCUUGACAGCCAAUCAAUGUACAUGUUCGUGGCCAGCUAUGUGAUUCAUAGGUUGAAACAUGCUGGAUGGUUCUUGUGCAGUCUUAUAGUGUCGCGUUUCCUUCCUAUCUAGAUACUCAUGUGAUAUAUCUUUUGUAUUGCUUGUGACUUAUAUUGUUCAUUCGAGGUUGUUGACAGAUGUACUGUCUGUCAUUAGAAACUUGACCUGAUGAGUCACCAUUUACCCUGGCCAUUCUGAACAUAUGCUUUAAGGUUUAGAUCCGUUUGGUGAUGGAUAGUCGAGACUGGAUAAACAUUAGCUACUUACUGGAUCGUUUCACUUAAUUAAGCAGAUCUUUGGUUUUGAUAUCAUGAUGGCUAUCAUUUUUGGGACAAUGGUUGAAUUAGUGGCGUUUGAAAGCAUUCUAAUGAGUAUCCUUUAAGAUGGUAGAUAUUGUGAUGGGUUAUAGGUAUAAUAUGCCUCUUUACUAUGACGUUUUAUCAAACAUGUCCUUCUACUAUUUUUUAUAUCAAACAUGGCCCUGUACUUUGUAAAAAUGAGCAAACAUGUUUUUUGUUUAGAUUUUCAUCCAAAAAACCGUUAACAAGGUCGAACUUUGGUUUGGGCGGCACAAAUGUCUAAAAUAUCCCUAAUAAUUUCACUUUAGAAUUUUUUUUUGUUUUUUUGUAUAGCCAAAUAAUUCAGUUAAUUUCACUUUGAAGAGACCCAGAGAAAUAAAACGGGAGACAAAACAGACAUUUUCGCUCUCAUUUGCCGAUGUCGGGUCGUCUAAAUCUCGGUUCAACCAUGAUUGACGAUUUUUUCAAUGGAAAUUUUAACAGAAGGGUAUGUUUGAUAAUUUUUUUCAAAGUACAACGGCAUGUUUGAUGUAAAAAAUAACGGAUGGACAUGUUUGAUAAAACGUCAUAAUAGAGGGGCAUAUUAUACCUAUAACCCAUAUUGUGAUGCUUCAGAAUGCCUGUAGCUAGGUGGGAUCUGUAUUGCAGUUUAAUUCUCUUGACAUGAUUGGCUAAUUAGUUUCAGUAUAGCAGUAAGUAGGCAAUGGUCUGUUCUAACUGCUACUUGUGCAUGUCUAAAACUGACAUAGGGAAGUGUGGUAUUGUAAACAUUUGGUUUGCUAGUUUUAUAAGAGAUCUCAUGCCUCUGAACUGACUUGAUCACUAAUGGCCGAGCAUAAGAAAACUGUCACAGUAAUAUUAUUUAAACGUUUGAGGAUCUGGGACUUUGUUUGGACUAUGUCCAAAUUUCUCAAGGCAAUCACCAUGUUGGACAGCAUGUUGAAAUUGUUCAUUUAGCCUACAAUGCCAGACUAACUUCUGAACCAUAUCUCCUGCCUGCUACAUAUGUUUGUGACAAGGAUUUAAUAUACAGGGAACUUUAGUUGAGUUCUUGAAGUUGUCUUUGCACGGACCUCACUAUUGUACAUGCUUUCUUCAUUUUCAUGUGGCCAUAGUUGGUUUACGUUAGAGCUAUUUUGCUUACAGCCAGAGUUCAGGGUGUUCAUGAAGGGGAAGACAGUGUUCAUUGGGCAUCAGCCGAUGGCAGACUUCAGGAAGCGCGAGACAACAUCCAGACAACUGAUGACAGUGGUCCUUCAGCUUCAUUUGUUUCAGCUAGUUCUUUACCACCCUUAGGGAGAUCAGAGCAACAACCAGAAGGGCCUCUUGGGAGUGGUGUUUCCCAAAAGGUGCAAAAUACUGGAAAAAAUUCCGACACGGAUGUGGCAAACAGUGAUGCUAGUAAAACAAGUUCUUUAGACAGUGUGCCAAUUCCUCGUGUUAGAGAUGCAUCAACUCUGGAAGCUGGAUUAACUCAGGGAAAUGGUCACCCUGAUUAUGGGGCCUUUAAAAGCAUCUCCAAGAAAUUGAAGACUGAUGGAAGUUUUUCCUUGAAUUCCAUGUGCCCCGACAAAGCAGAAGUAGCUGUCUUUGAUUUGGAGGAACUUGUCAACCAAAUUAAAUGGAUUAAGCGUAUUUUAGAGGUGGGUAUGCCUUUGACAGAUCCCGUUCGACCCUCGUGGAAAUUUUUGGAACAUGAAGCACCUUCCAUACCCAAAUGAACAAAGGUUAGUUUCUUAUUGUUUUUCUUUUACAUUCGCUAGUAAUGAAUGCCUUUCUAGUUUGUGUGUACCAUGUGGUGCGUUAGGGAGUACAUGUGAUGUUUUUCACUGCCUGCCUAGUUAUAAUAGUUUAUGGAAUGAGAAGUACUGAAGUUCUUCAAUAGCAAAUCCAGGCUUUCAUAUCAUUGUCAACCUGCAUAUUUUCCAGUAAUAGAAACCGAACUAUGAUGUUGCAGAUCUUAUGGACUAUAAUAUAUGUUUGCUGGAAAUGUGUUAACAGUUUCAGUAUUAGUCGGACUAGCCGAGCAGUGUUUUUUCUAUCAAUUUUUUGGUGUAUUUAUAUGUAGCACGACUAAGAAUUUGAUUCAUCUGUAAAAAGUUGUAAAACCUACAAUGAUAGUUAUCAAGCAUACUUGGAGUUUUCACAGUAUCACGCAGCAGCUGUAGACAUUUCUAGGGUGUGCACUGUGCACAGUUUUCUCUCUGGCUUGUGCUAGCUUACUUUUGCAUUGCUGUACUUGGGGCUCAUUUAUUUCAUUACUUCAUUUCAGGGUGUUCAUCCAGUGAAGUUGCAGUAAAAUUUUGAAUCAAUCCUUGGACCUCAGUCGUCGUCAGAAAAUUGGCGAAUUUUCAUUGGCCUCUCAGCAAAACUUAACAGGCCCUUUGUUGCCAUUUCCUGUCUUCUGUGGUCACGGGAUUUGUACAGUUGCUAGCUAUUAGUUUGUAUAGAUGAAGGUAAUCAAUUUUGGGAGCUAUUCAGCUCACUGCGACGCUUGUAAAUGUGUUCCUUGCAAUAGAAGGUACCUGCUGUUGUCCUUUUUUACGCAGUAAUCCCAGUGACCAAAUGUAGCGUUUACCCAGUGUGUUUUUACUACCGUUAUCAAAGCCGGAAUGGACCGGCUAGUGGCUAGUUUGAUUGGCAAGUGGCAACCGACCCCUAGUAUGGCUCGGGUGCCACUUCUGACUGUUUCAGUGAGAGUUGAGUUUGUGGAAACCGGCCCAAGCGGUUAACCGAGCAACUCAUUCAAACCGUUUGAUUAAUUUUCACUGGUUAGGGCUUGUCUCUGCUGGGUAUAUUUAAAAUAUGGUCUAAGGAUUUAACCCACAACCUCUUUCAAAGAGGAAUAAGGUACAUACAAAUUAGGGUUAAUAUUUUCGUAUGGCCUGAACUUUGACCAAAAUAAACAUCCUGGCAAAUC